CCUAUUAAAGUAAACCCGUCCAUGUUGGCGCACCCCUUUUACUUUCCGACAUUUUGGUUUCAUAUUAUUUGAAAACUCUUCCCAAAUAAAUACGCUUCACCAUCUCACCCCCUUCGCCUUCCUUUCCACAACUUGAAAAUCUUCUCUUCCUUCUCUCUUUUUCUUCUUCUUCGCACUCUGCAACAACAGAAAUGUCUCGGAAAUCGAGUAAACGAGUCACCUUCACCCCGGACGUGACCGAGAAGCCGACGGCGGUGUUCCUCAAACAGGCAAGCUUGGGCUCAUGCAGAUUAGUCUCCGUCCACAGGAAGAGGCCGUUCGCCGUGGGGAUCUUCAGCUUCAGGCUCCGGUGCCGCAUCUCCAGGUUCUCUACUACCUGCCGGAUGCUCCGGCGACUCGGCGCCAAAGUAGCCCGAGCUCUCCGGUUCGUGUCCCUGCCGAGAAGGUCAAGGAAGUCGCCGCCCCCGCCGCCGAGCUACCUGCCGAGGUCGAGGUCGCUGGCCGAGGCGGUGGACUCGCAGCGGAUCGAGGCGAUUGAGGAUUGUAUAGAGUUCUUGAAUUCCUCGUCGUCGUGUAAUUCUCUGUCCCGGUCGAGCUCUGUUUCAACUAGAACAGAGUCGUCGCGUAUGGUUCAUUUGUAAAUUUGAAGAAAUUAAGGACCAGCAUUAAGGUAAUUAUUAUCAAAUUAGCAAUUUAUUUAAAGAUUGGAUUUUUAAGAACAGUGAUUAUUCAUAAAAAAAAGGGUUUCCUCCUUCUUGCACUCAUAGAAUGUGGAUCGUAGAAAACAUGAUGGUAAGAACAUCCUACGCCAAGCCGUUUAGCAUUUGCUAAUCAAAUUGGUGGAAUUUGGUGUUGAAUGAACAGGACAGGAGAGAGAGAGAGAGGGCAGGCCCCGCCCCGCCCCGCGGAGGCGGGAAUCCUAUUCCUAUAUAUUCUGGUUUGUUUAUAUUUUCCAUCUGCCUUUGAUUUCUUUGGUUCUACCAAACCGAGUUUGAAAAAGCAGAGAUUUUGUGGGCUGCGUGAAACGUCAACAGGAUUGAUUCCAACUAAUGCGAUGGAGACCCUUUCUUUCUUUCUUUCUUUCUUCAGACCCAAGCGGGCCAAUUGGGUGAAUCAUCAUUUCAUCAAUGGAGAUAGUUAGUUGGUAGGGCCUCGGUGCCUCAAUUCCGAGGUUACAUUUACGGAUUUCUUGCAAUUGCUGCAUCGUUCUGGGGAAUCUCCAGUACCUGCUCUGCCCCGCCAUGUCGGACCGUCCCGCAAACUGGACAACAAAUUAUCUAAUUUGGU